AUGAAAAUAUCCUAGGACAAAAAGUCUGUAACCUUAUUAGAUGGUAGAAUUAUCGACUAGAAAUCAGUAUAAGAUGGAGAUAUUUAUAUGAGGAAUUUUUUUGGUCAAUUUAGCGAUGCGACAAAUGGUGCUAGUGAAUUCGAAUUAUUGAAGUUAGUUAAGUAUCAAGAUUGUAAAUUCGAAGAAGGUAUUCUCGGGAGAGUCAUUUUUGAGAUUACAAUAACAAAGGAUAUGAAAGAUUCAAAUAACUUUCUAUUGAGAGAGUUACUUUCAGAGUUCUUAGAUUUUAUGCCAUUGAGAGCUACUGAUUGUUUUGAUAAGCUUAGGCCAAUGAAUACUGUUUAUCUUAGCACCUAAUUUUUGAAUAAAGUAGCUAUUGAUGAUAAGUUGAUAUUCUAAGGUGAAAUAGUUAAAGUAGGAGAGAAAAUUGGAUAAGUUAAUGGGAGAAUGAUAGAUCCAGUUUCCAAAUUAUCGAUUGCAACAUGCCAAAAUAUAUUCAUGUACUAAGAUUACUCACCUAAACUGUGA